AUGUUGCGUCCAUUGUUUGGUGGUGCCUUAAUGUGUGAGAUUCCCCAAGACUUUGCGGACGUGAGCUCAUUUCGUCAAGUACCCGAUAACCAAGAAGUGUUUGCAAAUGCUGUCACCGAUCAAUGUAUUAUCAUCGAGCUAUUGCAGUAUGAAGAGAAUGUUGAGGACGCACAUAGCGCACGUUAUUUCUUUAAUGAGAUUGCACAAUCCAAUGGCUGUGGUCCAGAUGAAGUGACAGUGUUGCUCGAAGAGAAGGCAGAUUAUAUUGACAACGUCGCACCUACUGCGAUUAAAGUACCGCAUACGACGCAGCUCAUUGUAGGUGACCAGUGCGUGGCCAAGUUCAAGGAAGGUGAUCACGCCAGAAAUGUGGUGCGUGUGUACUUGGGGAAUAUCCGUCUACCUGGAGUGACAACGGAUGUCGUCUUGUCAGUGUCAGCACCUAUGCGUAUCAAUCCAGCCAGUAGCAGUUGCAAUGCCUUUCAGUCCGAGAGCAAUGCGGAAGUUGCUGCCGCGAUAUUCACGCAGGCACUGCAGUCCUUUGUGGUCUUGGACUGGUCACUUUUCCAAUAA